GGGGUGGUGCCGCGGCCGGGGGGAUGUGGCGAGCGUGACGUGACUUUGUCCGCGUUGGAGCCGCGGGCCGUGGCGAGCGUGACGUGGCAGAGAGCGAGCGAGCGGGGUUCCGCGGUCACAGAGCAGCAAGCGCCCGCCCGCGCCCAUCUCGGAGCCGCCGCAGCUCUGCCCCUGCUCGCCCGAGGACCCGCCGCGCCGCGCCGCCCGCGCCGCCAUGGGCCUCACCAUCUCCUCGCUCUUCUCGCGCCUCUUCGGCAAGAAGCAGAUGCGCAUCCUCAUGGUUGGUUUGGAUGCUGCUGGUAAGACAACUAUUCUUUAUAAACUGAAGCUAGGAGAAAUCGUCACCACAAUUCCCACUAUUGGUUUUAAUGUGGAAACAGUAGAAUAUAAAAACAUUUGUUUCACGGUUUGGGAUGUUGGUGGUCAGGAUAAAAUUAGACCUCUUUGGAGGCAUUAUUUCCAAAACACACAGGGCCUCAUUUUUGUGGUAGACAGCAAUGACAGAGAGAGAAUCCAAGAAGCAGCGGAUGAGCUGCAGAAAAUGCUCGAGGAGGAUGAGCUGCGAGAUGCAGUGCUGCUUCUGUUUGCGAACAAACAGGAUCUGCCAAAUGCCAUGGCAAUCAGCGAAAUGACAGAUAAACUAGGUCUUCAGUCUCUGCGUAACAGAACUUGGUACGUCCAGGCUACCUGUGCUACACAAGGAACUGGCCUGUACGAGGGACUUGACUGGCUGUCAAAUGAACUCUCAAAACGCUAACUCAAACUGGAUGACUCUUUCACCAGGGACAUGUUUGAUAUAAGUGGUCUAGGCUUGUUACAACAAAAUUAGUUUGCAUCUUGGUUAUUACAGUAUCUGGAACUGAUAUUUGGGCAGGAUAUUACAGCGUUUCAACUUCUUUUGUUGCCAAUUAUUGUUUACCGAGCUACAUGUUGCAGAGGUAGCAAUAUGCUUGGGUAAAAAAUAUCCUUAACUUGGAAAAAGUGUAUCUUCUGAUUUUUUUCCCCCUCCUUAGCCUAAAUGCCUGAAUAUAGUUAUUGUGGCAUCUUUAAGAUCUGUUUUGAAUACUCUCUGGAGCCCGAAUAAAUUAAUGUUUUGAUUUUUUUUUUUUCCUCACUGCUACUUUUAGUUUACUGAUGCCCUGUUUCAUUCCUCAGACAGUCUGCUGAUUUAAAAAUGUAGCAUUCCGUAUAUAUUUAUUUCUGUCCCUUGCCAAAAAGAAUUCCUAAUACUGCUUGUUCCAGCCAAGGAAAUGCUCUAAAACACUAUUCAAUCUGCUGCACUGAGGAACAUUUUAUUAAUUCUUGGGUUCUGUCAGCCCAACUUGCCUUUAUGUGAAUUGGAUUUGGUGGGUAGAAUAGUUCUGUGCUGGUUGCGAAGAGCUCAUGUUGAGGUUGUUUUUAAUAUUCAGCAGAUUGUCUUCCUUUAUAUUGUAUCUUUUUUUUUUUUUUUAUGUUGCAUGUUGCUUUUUGGUAUCAGCCUGACUAUUUUUGCCCAGUGUAUAAUAGUUCUGCUGAAAUUUUACUGUUUGUUGGUGAACAUAUCUUCAUAAAGAACUUUUGGAAAUUCAUCAAACUCAAUGGAUUAGUUUCUUCAUAACCCAUUUGGAAUUAUUCCUAAUAAAAUUAUAAAAUGUA